AUGCCCUUCCUAGGCCACCGGCCGCGCCGCCCCGGCUACUUGCCGGUGGUCCACAUUUUUGCCGGCAGCUGCGUCGCCUGCCCACAGCGGCCGCCCGGGAGGCUGCUGAGCAACAACAAGAUCACGGUGCUGGAGAACGGCUCUUUCUUUGGGCUGCGGGCUCUGGAGAAGCUGGACCUGAAGAACAACCUGAUCAGCACAGUCCAGCCAGGCGCCUUCCUCGGCCUCCCCGAGCUGAAGCGGCUGGAUCUCUCCAACAACCGCAUCGGCUGCUUGAGCGCCAGCGUCUUCCAGGGGCUCCCCAACCUCCUCCGGCUGAACAUGUCCGGGAACAUCUUCUCCAGCCUCCCGCCCGGUGUCUUCGACGAGCUCCCCUCCCUGAAAGUCGUGGACUUCGCCACCGAGUACCUGAUGCCCAUCAACGCCUCCAACGCCCUGACCCUGGCGCACCAGCUCCGCGUCUACACGGCCGAGGCAGCCAACUUCUCGGACAUGGUCGAUGUCCUCUAUGUGGCCCAGAUGAUAGAGAAGUUUAUCGGCUACGUGGACCAGAUCAAGCAGCUGACGGAUGUGAUCGUGGAGAUGGCCAGCAACAUCAUGCUGGUGGACGACCACAUCCUGUGGAUGUCGCAGAAGGAGGAGAAGGCCUGCACCAGCAUCGUCCGCUCCCUGGAGAGGAUCGCAGCCCACACGCUGGGCAGCAACUCCCAGCACAUGGCGGUGAACUCCCGCAACAUCGCCUUCGAGGCGUACGUGGUGAAGCCCGAGAGCUACGUGGGGCUGAGCUGUGUGGCGUUCCAGCGGCGGGACGGGGCUGCACCGGGACGUCCCCCCCCGGCCCGAGCGGGGGGCCGAGCCGGCCCGAGCCGAGCAGGCCUCAGGCUGCGCUGCACCCGGGGGCGCCCCAAAACGUCUCCCUGAACCAGCUUUUCCCACAUCAAGAACAGCAUCGCCCUGGCCUCCAUCCAGCUGCCCCCCAGCCUGUUUGCCAGCCCGGUCUCAGCCACUCCAGGGACUGACUGCAAGCUCCAGCUGCUGGUCUUCCGCAACGGGAAACUCUUCUGCAGCACCGGGAACUCCUCCCGGCUGGCCGAUGACGGCAAACGCCGCAGCGUGGCCACCCCGGUCAUCUACGCAGGGACCUACGGCUGCGGAGUGGGAAACCUGUCGGAGCCGGUGGCCGUGUCCCUGCGGCACCCCGGGGAGGACAACUACCACGACAACAACCCCUACUGCUGGCUGGUGUGGCGGCCCAGCCUGGGAGCUUUCUACGUCCCCGUGGCUUUCAUCCUGCUCGUCACCUGGAUUUACUUCCUCUGCACCGGGCUGAGCCUCCAGUGCCAACCCUUACGCCGGAAAGACAUCCCGGAGCCACUGGAGCCACCGCCACGGCUGGGGGGCACCGGUGACCUCCUGACAGACUCUGGGUCCAUCUCGGUGACACUGAACUCGGGGCCACCCUGCCCCGAGGGGGACGGUGUCUACUCCCUGCGGGUGCAGUUCUGGGCACUGGUGACCACCCACGCCUUGUACGUGGCGCUGUGGACGUUCGGCGCCAUGGCCGUGUCCCAGCGCUGGUACCUGAACAUUGUCUUCAGCUGCCUCUACGGCGUCACCGCCGUGGCACUGGGGCUCUUCAUCUUCGUCCAUCACUGCCUGCGCCGCCGGGACGUGCUCAGCUCCUGGUUCUCCUGCUGCCCGUCGUACCGGAACGCGCUGCCCAUGCAGGCCUACGUCCACCCCGGGCUGGGGCCCGAGGACGGCUCGCAGGUCUUCAUCGGCUGCGACCCAGAGGCAGCUCGUUCCGGAGCCUCCUCCUCCUCCUCGCCCAGCAGCGCCGGCUCGGCCGGGGGCCGCUGCAAGCUCACCAACCUGCAGGUCGCCCAGAGCCAGGCGGACGCCCGCCCGGCCACCUGCCUGGAGCCGGAUGCGGCUGACGGGAAGCCCACGAGGCACACCAGCAACCUCCACGGCCGGCUGGGGCACCCCUGGGCUUAA